AUGUCGGCCGACUGCAUUCAACUUGUCGGCACAGACGUGCCUGGCAGCUGUGGCAGCUGCUGCUUCAGCGGCCAUGUGCAGCACGAAGCGCUGCGGAGCCCGAGCGAAGAGGCGGCACCGACGACCACACCAGCUGCGGCAGCGGCAGCCAAGCCAGUGUGCAGUGACGGUCAGUUGCUCUUUUUCAACUGCCCGGAGGGAACGCAGCGGUUCAGCGCAGAGGCGAACUUGCGCCUCACACGUACCCGCGGCUUCUUCUUCACGCGCUGGGCGCCCUCUGCAGUGAUGGGCAUGCCGGGCCUGCUCUUCACUGUCAACGACGCGGGGGUGCGCCACGCCAACUUCUUCGGCCCCAGCAGCAGCAGCAGCACAGGAGUGGCAGCAGGGCUGGAGGGAAUGCUGGACGCCCUGCGGCGGCAUUACUUCUCCUACCGCCACAUGACGUUUCAGCACCUCUGCGCUGGCCCGGCGCUGCGCCAACGGGAGACGCCACUGCCGUUGAAUUACGUGUGCGAAGUGCCACUGCCACACGCCGCCUUGCCGUCUUUCUUUGUGCUGGCACUGCUGCUGAGCCCGACAAGCGCGCUACUGGGAUUUCGCGUCUCGGGUCGCGGCGAUGGGACGGAGGAGACGUACGGCUACGCCAUUGUGCACGCACCCCCAGCGAGCUUCGACCCGCGCCGUGCAAAGGCGCUCGGCGUGCCUCCAGGGCCGAUGUAUGGCCAGCUAAAGCAGGGCACGGGUGUGUGGACCGUCGUCGGCGACGACAGCACGGCCGUUGCUGGUGGUGCGCUGCGCCGCUACAUCCACCCACACAGCGUGCGUCAGGCAACGGUAGGCAGCAGCCAAUUGUACGUCUCCCUCGUGCUUGACGGCGAUGACAGCGCCGAUGUGGCCGCCGCGAUGCAGACGCUCUUCGGUCGCGAGGAGUCCGCCAGUAUUGGGCAGCAGCAACAAGAAGAUAAGGUUGACAGUUUGGCCAAAGAAAUGGACGGCCAGGGCGAGCUGCAACGCCUUCUUGCUCAGUGGCAGCCGUCGUUGCUGUACUGCGACGCACACGCCGCGUCCGAUGGCGCUGCGCAGAGGGAGCGGAAGGUGACGCUGGUGCAUGCCGUGCAUGUGCAGCCGGCACAGUUCUUCCUUGACUUGAGUGUGAGGGGCGGCGCGGCAGCGCAGUCGCGCUACGUGGACUCCAUCUUUACAGACGUGCGGCGGGAGAUUCGCCAGCAGGCGGUGCGGUGCUACCGCCGGGAUGUCGGUGCUUCUUCUUGCAGCAGUAGCAGCAGCAGCAGCGAAUGCAGGGCGACGACGCACCACUUCUGUGCCGCUGUGCAGCAGGAGUUCUCCGCUUUUCCUACGGCCCUCGCGCACCGCUACCACCUCAACAGCAUUGCCGCAAUGCAGUUCCCAAUAAAACACCUCCCUGCUGCUGGUGCUACUACUGCUGCAGGGGGCGAAGAUGAUGGCGCUGACGAAAAGGGCCCUCUGUGGCCGUACGGGGUGAAGCACCAGCUGAUACCAGCAGGUGCCGCUGCCGCCAUUACCGACGGUGUGAAAGAUACGGCGUCAGGCCCCACUGCUGGUGCGGUGUCGCCCUCCACCACCACAAGCGGUAUUGGUGAACCCAACAAGAACAACAAGAACAAGAACAGUUCGAAGAGGCAGGAUGUGGCAGGUCUGCUGCGUUACCCAACAGCAAACUCCGCCGUGGCGAUGCUUUCGGCGCGGUUCCGCUCCAUCAUCGCGGGCACACAACAGCACACUGUGGGCUCAGAGGACGUAUCUGCGGAUGUUUCCGCAUCGUCUUCGCUGUACAACAGCAAAACCUUUGAUGGCCAACAAGACCACAACGACGGCGGUAGCGGUGAUGCGUGGCACCUCGAUGGUGGUGGGGCGCUGACGUUUCUUGGAACAGGAUCUGCCGUGCCAAGCAAGUACCGCAACGUGAGCGGGACAUAUCUUGAAGUGAUGUACCACCCGCGCCAAGGCACAGCACUUCGCCGCGCUAUCGUUGUACUGGACUUUGGCGAGGGAAGUGCGGGGCAGCUGGCGAUGUUGUGGGGUGGCGAAGCACUGCAGCGCUUUGUUCAUGACCUAGCAUUUGUGUUCAUCUCACACGCCCACGCUGACCACCACCUCGGGCUGCUGAGCCUGCUGGAGCUGCGCCACCGUGUGCUGCUAGCAGCAUCUGGCACGGAGCACAGCAAAGACAGCAGCAGCAGCAGCAUCAGAACCGAGCCGCUCCUUGUUGUGUGCCCGCAGGAGGUGCACGAGUUCCUGCUGGAGACGUGGGGCUGCUGCGCUGCGUACCGGAAGUGGUUGCAGGAGGAAGUCGUAUUCGACAUCAUUCCCGCAGAGCGGUGCAGAGGCGAUGCGGAAAAACGAUUUGCUUCUGAUGCACCGGUGUUGUUGCCACGACUCAAUGCACUGUGCGCGCGUUUACACAAUGACACAGCGACAGGAACAUCGACACCAGCAGCAGGAGUUGCUGCGGAAAGUCAUGCAUCGUCCCCACUGCUGUGGGCGGCUGAGGUGUUCCCAGUGCACCACCCCGCCAACGCCCACGCGCUGCUUCUCCGAUUCCCUGCACCACCAGGGAGCGGAGGCACCGUCGCAUCUCGCGUGCUGCUCUUCUCGGGAGACACACGCCCAUCACAGCUUCUCAUUGAACGCUGCCGCCAUUUCACCCGCGCGAGCUGCAACAGUGGAAUGCAGCAACAAGAAGAGCAAAAUGAGGGUGGAGAGUUGUUCCUCUGCCUGCACGAGGCCACCUUUGGCGAGGGCUGCGAGGAAGAGGCGGUGCGGAAGUGCCACUCAACGCUCUCCGAGGCACUGCACGUCGCUGCUGCAGUUGCGGCGCGGCACGUUGUGCUCAACCACUUCUCGCAGCGCUACCCAAAGCUGCCGGCGCUGAUGAAGUCCCAGCUUGAUGGGAGGGACGUCGACCUGCAUGGCAGACGCCGGCGUCGGCGGGAGGAGGAGGAGGAGGGCGGCGGCGAGAACGAACAACAACAGCAACAGCAGGAGGGGCAGACAUCCAGUGCCGAUGCGGUAGUGGCGGCUGGGGCGCGGAAGAUGUGUUUUGGGUUCGACUUUAUGCGCCUCAGCUUCGCGUCGCUGGAGAGUGGCGAAACGGCGCGGCUGACGCCCAUGUUCGUGCAGCUGCUGGAAGAGUACGAGUCGUGGGGCGUCGGCACCACGAAACGAUUACGCGAGUGA